AUGCAGAUUUCAUUUUCCAGCAGGACUUGGCACACUGCCCACGUUUUCAAAAGUACCAGUUGGUCUUUAUAUAAUAUACUAAUUGUCUGAGAUACUAAUUUUUGGGUUUUCAUUGGCUGAAAUAAACACUUAAAAUAGAUCAGUAGUUUGUUGCUGAAAUAAAGUAAAUUUUCAAUGACAUUAAUUUUUUUUUUUUGAGAUUCACCUGUACAUUUAUAUUUAUUGGAAAACACGAUGAAUAUUCCACCCAGAUCUAAUAAAGAUAUUAGAGUACAGUUUUUACAGAAGUUGUUGUACGCCCCGAGGAGAGCACAGGCGUGCGUGCUAUAGUCAACACUGUCCGAGUCUCCAAAACACUGAUGUUUACAGCAAACAUCUCUCAUAUUUCCCACAUCAGUAGUGUUUGUUUUCCCUGUGAAGUGGCUGCGAUCCUGUAGUGAUCUGACCUGACCCAAACUCCAUACAGCAGGAGGAGGUGAUAAAGUGCACCUGUGGGUUGGUCUUAUUUACUCUAGUGUGGUCAGUCCGUCACUGGAUGGAGAUGAUCCCAUAAAAGAGCCUGUUCUUCUGGGGUGGAACACUGUACACAUGUGGGCGGGUCUCUAAGAGUAAAAUAGUGAAGAGCCGACGGCAAGCGUCAUUUCUUAGAAUCGACCUCCACGUGUUUCACUGGACUAACACUAAGCCAAAACUGACUCUGGAUAAGGGUGACAACUCUGAUCCUGGAGGGCCACAGCACUGCAGAAUUAUCCUGCCUUAUUAAACAUUUGCUUAUUAUUAGAGAAACCUCUGGUAUUUCAAUUUGAUCUUUUAGAAGAUGGAAAUUGAUUUUGGCCUGUCUGAAGACUAAAUUUGGUCGAUCAGGAAAAAGGAAUAACACAAAGCUGUGGACUUUAGACUGCAGUGUUUGAAGCUGCUUAAAGAAAUGCCUCUAAGGCCCAGGGCCUCCUCCCAACCCGGGAGGGCCGGGAUGCUCCUCAGCCCUAAAGUGACUGCGGUCCUGAGGCCCCGGGCCCUGACCUCUAACUCGCGGGCGGCGGUGGAGGACCAGCUGUCGUGUCCUGUGUGCUGCGAGAUCUUCGCGGACCCUGUGGUCCUGCGCUGCAGUCACAGCUUCUGCAGGGGCUGCCUGCACCAGUUCUGGAACAAGAAGGGGACCAAGCGCGAGUGUCCUGUCUGCAGGAGGAGGUGCUCUCUGACGGAACCCACCGUCAGCCUGGUGCUGAAGAACGUCUGUGAUACUCUGGUGCAGGAGCAGAAGGGCCUGGAGACCAACGGGUUCAGAGGUGCUGCAUCCCCCAACGGAGUAUCUAGGCCUCCUGACCUGUGCCCCGCCCACAAAGAGCCUCUAAAGCUCUUCUGCCAGGAUGACGAGGAGCUCCUCUGCUGCGUGUGCCACACGUCCAAGAAGCACCAGGGCCACCGCGUGUGUCCCAUGGAGGAGGCGGCACAUGACCUCAAGAUGGAGCUGAGAAAGGAGCUCGUGCCCAUGAAGAAAAACCUGCGCCGCCUUUACGAGGCCAAGCAGGAGCAUGACGACGUCACUGUGCACAUCAAGAAUCAAAGGCAGCAGGCAGAGAAGCAGAUAAAGGACGACUUUGCUGAGCUGAGACAGUUCCUGGAGAAAGAAGAAGCGGCAAGACUGGAUCAGCUGGCUGAGGAAGAGGAGGAGAGGAAGCACCUGAUGAAGAAGAAGACCGAUAACAUCACACGUGACAUCCUCACUUUCUCCCACGCCGUCAAGGCCAUAGAUGACGAAAUCGCCAACGCUGACUCGCUCUUCCUGCAGCACUACAAGCUCAUAAAGAAGAGGACUCAGUUAACGUUCGUGGAGCCGGAGAAGGUUCCAGCUGCUCUGAUCAAUGUGGCCAAGCACGUGAGCUCUCUGAAGUACAGCGUGUGGGAGAAAAUGCAGGGCCUGGUGGAAUAUAUUCCAGUGACUCUGGACCCCAACACGGCCUACCCCUGCCUGUCCCUGAGCAGGAACCUGAGCAGAGUGAGCAACACUGGGGUCAUACAGAAGCUGCCGGACAACCCAGAGCGCUUCGACCACUUCGUGUUCGUGCUGGGAUCCGAGGGCUUCACCUCGGGCCGCCACGCCUGGGAGGUGGAGGUGGGGGAGAACAAGGACUGGGUCAUCGGUGUGGUGAAGGAGUCGAUAUCGAGGAAGGGUAAGAUCUCAGGAGGUCCAGAAGGAGGCUCCUGGAACAUAGCUCUGUCUGACGGCCGCUACACGGCUAUGACGGCCCCGCCCACCCUGCUGGACGUCAGCGGCCGUCUGGAGAGGGUGAGGGUGAAGCUGGAUUACGAGGCCGGGGAGGUGAGUUUCUCCAACUCUCUGGACCUGACGGCCAUCUACACCUUCACUGGCCAGUUUACAGAGAGGAUGUUUCCGUUCUUCUGCCCCGGGGCAAACAUCAACGGCAGUAACCCAGGCCCUCUGAAGAUCUGCCCGGUCAAAGUGGCUGUGUGGAAUAGCGCCACCUGGUGACAGUGUCUUCUAAAAGUGAGCAGGAGGGUAUCUCCAAUAUAUGUAUUGACAGUCUUUGAAGAAUGGCUUAAAUUACAUUUUUUUAAAUAAAAUGACACAAACUAUAGAUGUAAAAAAAGUCCCAAGACAGCAAAGCAUGUGCAACAGUAUUGUGUGUGAUGACCCCUCCCCUUCUUACGAGUCUGCUUUGUUUUAUUAAAUAAAUUAUCUUUGCUAAUUUGAAAGAGAUGGAAGAAAGGGGAGAGACUUGUCAUGAACAAGUGUACAAGGUAGAAAUCGUAUUAACAGGAUGUUGUAUUGGAGGAAUUGGCUUCAGGCAUUUUCCUCCUCCCAAUUUUGAUUUUAUUUUAUUAAACACUCAUUAAACUGUUCCUCACAUGUUCUUUACUGCAGUCUACACAGAAACUCCUAUAAUUGUUGAGUUUUCACAAAUUCUUCAUCUCAAUUACCUAAAUUCUUUCUAUGUCUUGUUAUGUCUUUUUGGUCAGGAAAGGUUUGAUUUUCCAAACAAACUUAAGGCAAAGGUCACUUUUUUAACACAUCCAAAUUGCUGAGCGAUUCUUUGAUUCUUUAUGUGUUUUUCCUAUUCUUCCUCCUUACCUGAUUCUUGUUCGUUAAUUCAGUCGUGUGUGCUUUUGUUCAAACAUCUAUGAAAUAAAAUCAAGGAAAUAUAGUGGAAAUGUUUCACAAAUCUGCUUUUAUUGAAGUUAUAAGUUACACAUCAUUUAAUAUGCUUUUUCUAAAAUAAAACCAGCCUGGGUGCAGAUUGAUAUUUUUUAUAUGUACAACCUGAUUAAAGGAUGCUAUUCCUGUUCAAAUAUAUGAAAUAUAUUUCACAAUUAGUGGGAAGCUGAAGUACAUUUAGGAAUGUGUGAUGUGUAGAUGAUUCUAAAAUGGUGACUUAAUACUAGAUGUAUUAUUUUUGUUGUUUCAUCAUCAACUGAAUAAAAAACCUAAAUAAA